GUGUUGUUUUGGUCAUCUCUGGAAGAAACUAGAACCAUCGCCUUGCUGCGUUAGAUCGAUAACUCCCAAUUCUCGAAGAUCCACCCAAACCCCCCACCUUCCUUCCAAAUCUUCAUAUCCAUAUUUCCCCCAAACAAUUAUUAUAUAAUAUAAUAUUCUGAAGAAUAAGAAUGUCUCGAUACAGAAGAAACCCCCAAAUAUCAAACGGAAUGAUACCUCUGAUGCUAUUUCAAGCCGUGAAUGAGUACCGGGGACUUGAUCGUAAACCACCCGUCACCGCCGCCCUUCUCGCCGCUAACACACUCAUUUACCUCCGCCCUUCUUUUCUUGAUCAUAUAAUUCCUCCAAUUGAUCGUGUCUUUUUCAAUGCCCAUCUCAUCCUCAAGUACAAGGAUCUCAAGAGGUUUUUCUUAUCUGCGUUCUACCACCUUGGUGAAUCUCAUUUAGCCUACAACAUGAUGUCACUUUUAUGGAAAGGUAUCCAGUUGGAGACUUCAAUGGGAAGUACUGAAUUCGCUGGAAUGGUUGCAACACUACUUGGUUUGUCUCAAGGGAUUACAUUGUUAUUAGCGAAAUCCCUUCUGCUUUUUGACUAUGAGAAAGCUUAUUAUCAUGAAUAUGCUGCUGGGUUCUCUGGUGUUUUGUUUGCAAUGAAAGUAGUACUUAAUUCCCAGUCAGAUAGCUAUACUAAUGUUCAGGGAUUCAUGGUACCUGCAAAGCAUGCUGCAUGGGCUGAACUGAUUCUCAUCCAAAUGUUAGUUCCCGAUGUAUCUUUUCUAGGUCAUCUUGGUGGGAUACUUGCAGGCAUAGUUUAUCUUCGUUUAAAAGCUCUGUAUAGAGGUCCUUCUCCUUUGACAAGAAUAGUUGGCGGUUUAACUAGUAUUUUGCGUUGGCCUUUGAGCUCUCUGCUGCGGUUUUGGAGGGGCCCUCAACAACGAGUUUCUGGUAGAGGAACAACUGGUGGGAGUGGGACAACCACGCCUGGUAUAUGGAGAUGCCGGGCUUGUACAUUUGACAACUCUGGGUGGCUAACUGUGUGUGAGGUUUGUGGUAUUGGACGUGAUGAUGUCGGGCUAUCUUCGUUAGAGUCAUCGAAUUCAAUGAUUCCCUUGGAUGAAAUACGUCAUCGAAGGAUUCAGAGGUUUGGUAGAUGAUAUUCAACAUAAAUAAUGUAUAGAAAACGAUAGAGAAAAUAUAGCAUUGCAGGAAUGAGUCCGUGUUUGGUUCAGUUGUUAACAUGAUAUACUGGCAUCUUUUUUAAUUCGAUGUGUUGAUUCCAUGAUA